UGACCGUGUUAAAUAUCGAACUGUUGCAUACAGUAUUUGUAUUUUAAUUAGUACAAACAGAUCGAGUUACUUUCUUGCUAAAUUUAGAGUAAAUGAGAGUACGUCAGUUUUCGUGAUCCAGACAAGGUCAGAGCAAACAGACUAGUCAUACUUAAAUAUAACAUGGAAUAGUUUUCAGAUUUAAACUCACGCCACACUGAAAGGUUUGAAGGGUUGGCAAGACGUUCUAAUCAGCCAUAUCUAGCUUUCUAUACAAGUGUCGCUUCUCAAUAUAUGUGUUGUUUCUUAAUAGAAGUGUUUGCUCAUCCAUAGGAAAGUUGUGUGGAUUUCGUAUACAAACUAAAUUUAACCCCCGAAACAAGGAAACUAAGGAAAUAACAGGUGUUCGUACCAUAGAGGAAUAGCGGAGACAAUGCCGGUCGUUACGUGUUGCGUGAAUUUCUGUGCUGUGGGUAUCCCGCUGAUCGUUAGUUCGUUUGUGAUGGUGUUUGCCUUUGUCUUACACCUGUGUGGAGCUGUAUCACCAACGUGGUUCGACUUCACGUAUUCCGGCACCUCGUCUGGGACCAGUGGUUACCAGGGACUGUGGGGACACUGUACCAUCGUCAGUAACAAUGUAUGUUGUGGUACCGUCAGCAACUACUACAGCACAAGCGGAGGUGUCCCAGACUGGCUGACGGCCACCCAGUACAUGGUCGCUAUAUCACUGGUUUGCGGCGUUGCCUCUAUAGUCCUGGUUUUUGUUGCUUCCUGCUGUGCCUCCAAGACGAUCGCUGUCCCGGCUGUAGUGACUGCUAUCCUGACAAGUGUUUUAUUAGGUGCUGCUGUGAUCACAUUUGGAUCCGCCGUGUCGUCGGAGAGCUGGACAACUCGAUCUGACUAUAACUUUGGGUUUUAUUUCAUCAUCUUCUCUAUGAUCGGGUACACAGGCUGUGCCGUUCUCAUCAUAGUCGGCAUCUGUACUGCAACUGCCCUCACAGCCGUUGUACCUGGACCUUUGUAACGCAACAAAGCACAGAUCUUCCCUUGCAAGGCCGUCCUAGAAGUAGCCUGCUUAAUCGCACUCCUAUACAAGGUCCAUAGGAGGAAGAGAGUUUGUAGAACACAAUAUGCUUAUAAAUUCAUCCAUAUAUCAUAAUGAUUAUUCAAUCACUAACAAUUACUAGUAAUGGUAUUUAUGUCACAGGAUAGAGCAGAGAAACUUAACUGACCUUUGAAUUCACAUCUGGUCUGGAACCACCUUUUGUAUGUAUAUGUACUUUAAUUUAUUCACCAAUGUUCACUGCACCAGAAAUGAUCAUGGAAGAUAUGUACAUCAUUGCAAAGAGUAUAUUAGGUCUAUGAAGAUAUAUAGUUAUCACUGGCUUUAUCUUUAAUGAAUUACUUUGUUCAGAAGAUUAACUCUACCAAGGUAACAGAUAAUUACCUGGGUACAUGUAUAUAUCAUUGUUAUAUUUAUUAUUUAUUCAAUCUUUUAAUCUACAAUGUUGUACACUCAAUAAUUCCAAUGCUUCUCAUUUAAAUGUGGUAUGUUGUAAUGCAUGAUGGGAAAUAAAAUAUUGCCUGGAGUUUCAUGGUUCCAUGUUAUUUAAUCAAUACUGGUAGUGAAAUGUGUUGACAUCGGUUCCUUUUUUCUGUAAAACUCGUUCAUGAUCAGUAGUUAACAUGGAACUUUUCCGUGUAAAAAUCUUCAAACAUUACAAUUUACAACCCUUCUUCCACAU